AUGUCGUUUUUGAAGAGCGCAUUCUCAUUUAAACGAGCCAAACCACGAAAGGAUGUUUCGAAAAACCCGCUGAAGUUCUCAGCUGAAGAAUCGUAUUGUGAGUUUGGUCCACUCAGUAAUCUUAUAGAUAUGAGAUUUGUUGAUCAAAAGUUCCUAUUCAAUACCGAAAAUGGACGUUGGAAUACAGCAAACACAGAAAUUCUUGCACAAGGUAUUUCAAUCGACACAGCAGAUAACAUUCGAAAGCAGAUUCAAAUGUUACAGGAAGAAAAUAAUCUUCUUCAAGUUAAAAUUCAAGCAUUAUUCAACUUAAUUUCCGAAUCGAUUGUCGAAUGGGUAUCGAGCCAUCGUUAA